AUGGGUGCUGUCACUGCCUUCUUCUACCUCCUGCUGCUGUCCCUCUGGGUUCAGGAUGCAACGGCCGCUGACCUUGGCUUCACAAGAAGUGAUUUCCCACGGGAGUUCGUCUUUGGAUCUGGAACCUCGGCAUAUCAAUAUGAGGGUGCUGUUGCUGAGGAUGGCAGGAGCCCAAGCUGUUGGGACACUUUCACUCACGCAGGCAAAAUGUCAGACAAAAGCACGGGAGAUGUUGCUGCAGAUGGGUACCACAAAUACAUGGAGGAUGUCAAGCUCAUGUCUGAGACAGGCCUAGAGGCCUAUAGGUUCUCCAUCUCCUGGUCAAGGCUCAUUCCAAAUGGACGCGGAGCUGUCAAUCCCAAAGGGCUAGAGUACUACAAUAACCUCAUUGAUGAGCUAGUGAAUCAUGGAAUUCAAGUCCACAUCACACUUCACCAUCUAGAUCUCCCUCAGAUUCUUGAAGACGAGUAUGGUGGAUGGUUAAGCCCCAGAAUUAUCGAAGAUUUCACAGCAUAUGCAGAUGUUUGCUUCCGGGAGUUUGGAGAUAGAGUUGCAUCUUGGACGACAGUGAAUGAGCCAAACAUUGGUAUAAUGGCCUCUUAUGAUGUUGGUAUAUUCCCUCCUGACCGUUGCUCGGAUCCAUUUGGAGCAACAAAGUGCACCACUGGGGACUCUAGUGUGGAACCAUAUAUAGCAGCUCAUAAUACCCUUAUGGCGCAUGCAUCGGUUGCCAGUCUGUACAGAGAAAAAUAUCAAAACAUGCAAAAAGGAGUUGUUGGCAUAAGUAUGUACUCCUACUGGAGUUACCCGCUGACAAAUUCCACAGUGGAUUUAGAUGCAACCCAGAGAUGUAAAGAUUUCAUAUUUGGCUGUAUUGGCAGGAUACUGGACCCAUUGGUGUUUGGGGACUACCCAGAAGUAAUGAAGAAGAAUGUUGGCUCUCGCCUUCCAUCCUUCUCGAAAGUUCAGUCUGAAGUUAUCAAGGGUUCUCUAGAUUUUAUUGGAAUAAAUCACUACUAUUCUCUCUACUGA